GACGAAGAAGGCAGCUACAGUAGAGGAACGCUACUCUUCAUGUAAUCUAAACGCGACCAAGGUUAUCCUGAACAUACCGGAGCAAAAUAUGAACUUUUGACAAAAAGAGUGGCGCCUUAAAUCGGUCGCAAUGAGCGUCCCCUGCAUUCUGGUAUCCGCUGCCCGAGGUUUCAGCCUACCGUGUCCCGCCGCCGGUCUGCUCUGCUCCCGCCUGCUGGGAGCCAGCUCAAUCAAAAGAAGAAAUAUGUCAUCCAGAAGACAAAUGGACCAUCUAGAGAGGACAGCGAGCAACAGCAGACAAAAUGCUCUGUAUCCAGCCCAAGUAUGUGGCAUCAUAAACGAGUCAGAGACAGUAAAACGCUUGAGAAUAGCCGUCCAUCCAGACUUCAGCUUUAAAGCAGGACAGUGGGUGGACUUCUUCAUUCCUGGUGUGGAGAAGGUGGGAGGUUUCUCCAUGUGCUCCAGCCCAGGUUUGCUGCAGAGGGAAGGAGUCAUUGAACUGGCCGUCAAAAACAGCAAACACCCCCCAGCACACUGGAUUCACACCGCAUGUACAGUGGGCUCCCACGUGGCCAUGCGUGUCGGCGGGGACUUCUUCUUCGACCCGUCACCCUCUGAUCCCUCUGUGGAUUUGCUGCUGGUGGCCGGCGGUGUAGGGAUCAACCCCCUGUACUCCAUUUUGUUGCACAUGACAGAUCUGCUGCAUCUCAACCAAGCCUCAGGCGGGCGAGACUAUAACAUAGGCUCCACCCAUCUUUGUUACAGCGCUAAGAACACGCAGGAGCUGCUCUUCAAGAGGUCCAUCACACAGGCAUGCCAGGACUUUCCUGACAAGGUCUCCUGUGAUUUCCAUGUCACGCAACAAAGCACGGAUGUCGACCCGCACCUCCAGCCAUUUGUCAAAGAUGGAAGAAUCACAGAAGCAGAGUUGAGGAUUCAUGUGGACCCAAAGAGGACUUUGUGUUACCUGUGUGGGCCCCCGCCCAUGAUUGAAGCCAUUUCAAAAACCCUCAUGGAGCUUGGCCUCUCAAAAGACAGAAUCAUCUUUGAGAAGUGGUGGUAGGAAUCUCCUACAACUCCCAGAAACUUACAAGGUUGUUCUCCCGGGUCCUGCUCCCCCUUUUUUUUUUUUUUUUUUUUUAGGUCUGGGUGUGUUGAGAAUGGAAAGAAACAGUGAUAUAUUCCAGUGAUGUGGACAUUGAUGUGAGUGCUUAAGUAGUUACGGGAAUUCAACCUCCAGUCCCUGCUGCUGAAACCUGACCUGUGUUUGAUCUGUGAUAGACUGCUGGGACCGCCCACUCUUCAGCUAGCAGCUGACUCACAAAGACAGUACAUGAGUUCUAUUUCUUAUGAUCAACAACAAAAGACUGUACUUUAUAGACUUUUAGUAAGCCAUUGUUCAUCUCACUGCAACUCCAGUGUCCCCUCCAUGUGUAUGAUGGACAUAUUGUGACAGAUGAACACAGAUUCAGUUCUGAUCUAAUUUCCAGCUUCAACUUGCUUGACUGAGGUCCUGCAUAGAACAAAUUAAUAGAUGAUGUUUAGUUGUUUUUACCUGAAUGUUUAUGCAUUAAUUCAACUUAACAAGUCUGUCUUAAAGCUGUAGUUUGACAUUACGGGAAAUACGGUUUGCUGAGAGUUAGAAGAGAAAAUUAUGAUUACUCACAUUAAUAAGUUAAAUUAGUUUAACUUUGCAGUUCAUUAUACAGAGGUAAGAACCAAAUCAACCUACCAAAACCUCUAAAGUUUACUAAUUAUCAUGUUAUAUACUAAAAACAGCAUGUUUUAAUGUUACAUCCAAUUCUCAGCAAGAAAGUGAAUCAGUGCAUUUCCCAAAAUGUGGAACUACUCCUUUAAAGGCUCUAGGACUUCAAGGAUCAGUACAAACAGUUGUAAUCUGUGCCACUAUUUUACAGUGUUAAUGAGUGAUUUAUUUUCUAUCAAAAUACCUCUAAUUUGGUGAAAUGUAUUUUAUUAGAAAUGUUGUACAAUGAGUAUAUAUAAUUGGUGAAGCAACUAUUUAUUUGCAGAGCUGAAGAUUUUAGAAUUGUUAUUUAUGAGCAAUGGUUUUGUAUAGUGUACUCGCCAAUUUGACACUACUCAGUUUAUUUUUAGAGGCAAGAAUUUAAUUCUCACACAUAGUUGGCCAGCGUCCUCAUUUUACUCAUUUACACUGUUACAUGCAUACACAGUGCCUAGCUCACGUACACGCUUUCCCUCAAUCACACACAUUCACAUACCCAUAAACGCUUUCUCAUCCCGGGGUGGAGUGAGUAUCCCAUGGUGCACUGUAAUGGAACCUCCAGGUGGUCUGUGAUUGGCUUGGAUCACCAAACAUCCCUUGGAGAUGGUUGCAGGCUUCUUUCUGUUGUGUCUCAGCGGGGGAUUCUCUAUUGACUCAUUUGAGUUGUUUCUGCAUUUCUUCCUCAUAUGAGGAAAACUGUUUAUGCCGGUAACGUGAGAUUUAAAAGAAAUAAAAGAAAUGGAGUCAAUCUGUUUUAAACACUU